AGCUCAAAAUUUGUUGCAAACGCAUAAUGACAAGCAUAAACACGAACUAAAUAUCCGAAGCUCAAACCAAAAUAUUUGCACCUGCUCACACUACAAAGUAAAUAAAAAACAAACAAGUAAAAGCAACAAUAAAAAAAAUGAUGUUGAACAAAUACGAAAUCUAUCAACGCACAAACAACAUGUUUCCCCACCAACAACAGCAACAACAACAACAACAACAGCAGCAACAACAACAUCAUCAGCAGAUCCUACCGCCGCAGCAUAUACAGCAUCUACAGCAUCAGCUCACCCACUCGCACCCCCACGCCCAGCCGCAGCUGCACUCGCUGCCCCAUUCACUCUCCCCGCUGCAGUACAUUGGCAGCGCUGCGGGCAGCACUGCAGCAGAGCUGGCCGCUGCCGCCGCAAUGUUGGCCGCAAGCAAAGCCGAACGCGAGUCAAUACACUCGGGUCAGUUUAUGGUCUCACACUUUGAGGCCGAGGAGGCGCAGGAUGAUCUCGAGGAUGAUGGCGAGGUCAAGAUGUUGGACCCGGAGGAUCCGAGCCUCGAUAAAGCCGGCGAGGCGACCAACACCUGCCGCGACGUGCAGCUCUAUGUGCCACAGACCGUGGCGCAUUUUCCGCGCAUGGAUCUGGACCGCGAGUGCGAUGAGAACAGCAUGGGCAUGAUCACCUCCCACCUGGAGAUCGAGACGUCGCUGACCAAGCUCUUCAAGUGCAUGAACCUGGCCUACAGUCAAAAGCUCACAUCGCCCAAAUGGAAUCACUUUAAAGGCGUGCGAUUGCGCUGGAAGGACAAAAUACGUCUUAACAAUGUCAUCUGGCGAUGUUGGCAUAUGCAAUUUAUACAAAAGCGCAGAACGCCGGUGUGUCAAUUCGCAUCGCCGCUGGACGUUGACAUACAUAGUAAUCCCCAAACCGUUGUGCUUGAAGGAAAAUACUGGAAACGUCAUGCAGCUGUCAUCAAAGCCGAAUACAGAAAAUGGCGCAAAAAUUAUAAAUCAAAAGCAACCGGCUGCUUGACUUAUGAUUCGAAAAGUGAAUUGGACUUUUUGGAAUGGUCACCGCUGAACGAUAGAAACUUAAUGCCAGACGACUGGACAACGGAUACAUUGUUCUCGGCAAUAAAUGGACCAUUUCCCUUUCCAGAUUCAAGAGAGAUCGCACGCGGUGCAGGCAUUGCGGACUUUAUACAGCCAAGUCUGGGCCCGCUGCAGCCGAAUUUAGAUGAUAUCGACAUUACCUUCUCAGAUUUGCUCACCACCACCGGCUCGCGCCUGCCACCCGUGCCCGAGGAGGGCACCGAUGCGGAGAUGCUCAAGAACGACGACUAUUGCCUGCAGGCAAUUGUUGGUGCUCCACACACGCUCUACACCAGCGACAAUAUGAUGGAAGUGGUGGCCAGCAGCAGUGGCGGCAAUGCUCAAGUGGACGCCAACAUGCUGGAGCUGAACACACCCAUCAGCAACAUGCCCUACGGCGACAUUGAGCAACAGUUUGUGGCGGCGCGGCAACAGGCAGUCAGCGAUUCACAACAGCAACAACAACAGCAGCAACAACAGCAGCAGCAGCAACAGUUGUUGGGCGAGAGUCAAUCGCCACGUCUGCACACAGUCAAACAUUUUGGGGCCAUCAGCAGCAAUGACAGCAGCAAUCGGUGUUCCGCCAGCGAGAGUUUCUCGAGCAAGAGCGUCAUCAAUGGACGCAUUGCCAAGAAUACGCAGCGUUUAAUUCGACGCGAGCCGCACAACUACGACAAGGCGCAACCGACGCUGCAUCAGACGACCAUCUAUCAGCAGAUGCUGGCCGAGCAGCAGAAGAAUCAGCAGCAGCAUCUCAGCGCGGGCGCUGUCUUGCAGGCCUUUCAGACACCCCAACAGCAGCAGCUUCCCACGCAACAGCAGCAACAGCAACAGCAACAAAAUGCUUACAAUACGCAAAGUUUCUUGAGCAACUAUGCGGACAGCUAUCAGCAACAGCAGCAACAGUUGCCGCCACAGCAGCAGCAGCAACAACAGCAACUUAGCGUUAAGGUGGAGCCGCACCAGGCUGAUGUGUUGUCGUUGCUUAGCGAUGGGCCCUACAACUCUAUCAGCUACAAGCCCUAUCCGCAGUUCAAGAAAUCCGCAUCCACAGGCACGUUCUUGAAUGUGCCGCGCGUCCCGCAGCAGCAACAACAGCCGCAGCAACAACAAGGCUAUUUGCAACAAGAGCAACAGCAGCCGCAGCUGCAGCUGCAACAUUCGCUGCCUUUGGGCCUAGGUCUAAGCACACAGCAGCUCAUGCAGCUGACACGCCAGCAACAGGCAGCCAAUACACAGCAACAGCAGCAGCAGCAGCAACAUAUGCAGCUGCAACAGCAAACGGUAGCUAGUCUGCUGCUACCUCAACAACAACAACAGCAGCAGCAGCAGCAACCUGCUGUCAGCGUAGCCUCCUGGGCGACGCCCAACACCAGCAUCUUGCCCAAGGAAAUGCAUCGCUCCAACAGUCUCCCCCUAAACGUGUCGCUGCCGAAGCUCAUCCAUCACGAACAGCAGCAGCAACAGCAGCAACAGUUCGCGGUGCCCAAGUACCAUGCCAAGGGGAAGUCCCGCGUGCGCAGCAAUUCUAUGCACCAGCAGCACACGGUUGUUGCCGCCGGCGGCGGCUCGCCCGUCAACAAUGGACACGGCAACAGCAGCAGCAACCUACUUGUCACCCAACAAAUGCAACAGGCAACCAGCGAUCCUAUGCUCAAUAGCACGCUCGCCCAGCUGCUAACGUCGAAUACACGCCUGCAGGCAGCCGUGGCAAACAAAGCGCAGCAGUCAAAUUCUUCCGCCAAUGCCAUAGCCAGCGGCAGCAGCAACAGCAACAACCAUCAGCAGCAGCAGCAAUCGCUGUACGUCAGCAAUGCAUCAACGUCGCCGCUGUCGGUGCCCGUGCCGACGCAGCAGCAUUCACCAAAGAAGUCCGCCUCGUUGCCUGUCGCGAUUGCUGCACCGACGCUACACAGUCCGCCUGGAACGAAAAUGCUUGGCUUUGGGCAGGGCAACAAUCCCAAUUUGGGCAGCAGUCUGAGCUUGUCGCCGGACUCGCCGUUCCAUGACUCGCAGGACUCGCCGCUGCCGCUGUCACCGACGACCAGCCUUAAGUAUCUGCCACGGGAUACACAGCGUCGCGCCGGCCACAUCCAUGCGGAGCAGAAGCGACGCUAUAAUAUUAAGAAUGGUUUUGAUACCCUGCACGCACUCAUACCCCAGCUGCAGCAGAAUCCCAAUGCGAAGUUAAGCAAAGCGGCGAUGCUCCAAAAGGGCGCCGAUCACAUCAAACAGCUGCGCCAGGAGCGCAAUGUACUCAAGGACAAGAUCGAGGCGUUGCGAAUGGAGCGCGAUGCUUUAAACAACUCCCUUAUGCACCUGCACUCGGUGCUGCCUGCGAACGGUGCACCCGUUACACGGCAGGGCACGGAGCAUGUGCGUCAGCUAUAUGAGGUCUAUGUACGCUACAAUACAAUGAACGAUUGGAAGUUUUGGAUUCUGGGUCUGAUUCUGGAGCCCUUAUUGGCUUCUUACACGACGACCGUUUCCAGCGCCAGUUUAGAUGAACUGCGUCGCACCGCCUUUCUCUGGGUGGAUCAGCACUGCUCGCUUAUAGAUCUGCGACCUGCUGUUACGAACAAAUUAAAGUACCUAUCGAUGCACACGGACAUUGUCUCGGAGCCGCCCAGCACGCUGCAGGAGGAGGUGGCGAAGGCUCUGCAGAACACCAGUGGACAGCAUCCGAAUCUGCAUGGCUCUUAACCGUUGUUGUUGCUCGUGAUAUGAAUUUAAACCAAUUGCUACAACAAAUCCAAUGUCAAUGCAAACCGUUCGCCCUGCUGGCAGCUACUGUUGCAGCUACACAUUGUACAAAUUGCCCCGCACGGGGGCAGAUUAAUUAUAUAUGCAACAAAUGCCACAACAGCCACCAGCAGACGCGGCUGCAACUGCAACUGCAGCUGGCGCUAAGCUAAGCAGCAUAUAGUGCCUAUAAUACUAUGACUUAAGCGUAAAA